UGAACUAUUAUCGGUUUUGAAUUUUCCACUCUUUGAAAAAUGAAUUUACUUCAGAUGUACCUAUAACGAUAUAUUUUUCUAUUUCACUUUCAACAUACCUGAACAGAUUUAUUCCUUGAUUAGUAUUCAUUAAUUUCAGAUAGUCAUAAUUUUAUUGAACCUAGUAAUUCUUGUUAGUGAAGUUACACACCUAGUGAUAAACGUUUUUAAGCAAUGAUAAUAAUAAUAAUAUUCAUUCUCCAUAGAAUAUUUGAGACACAAGAUCUAUACUUAUAAAUGCAAAAGUGACUUACUAAAAACCCAUUCAUCUUUAUUUCUCCAUACUGAUCGAUGUUUCGAAACUGAAGGACGUGAUUUGCGUACUGAAGGGAUGCCGAAACUUUUUAGUCUAACUUUAUUAACCUUCCUCGUGUUCCAAGCAUGCGAGUCUCAACAAGAAGAAAGAACAGUGUUCGACGUAUUGACACCAGUAUUGAGACUUUUCAAAGGGGGUCUCGAACCUGGGAUAAAAAGAAUCAUAGAAUCGCGAGUAAACAGGCAGCAGCUUGAGUCUUUGAAUAAAGCAGCCAAAAAAUAUAUGGGAGACUUUCCCUGUAACUUGACCGUUGCGAGUAGAAGUGCAAAAGUACCAAAAACUGCCCAUGAAGUAAGACCUGCUGAUAUUGACGUCAUUGGAGCUAUUGGAGACAGCUUAACUGCGGGUAGCGGGAUAUCUGCAACUUCUAUUCUUUUGGAAUUGAAUGAUGAUAGGGGAAAAUCUUUCUCAAUAGGGGGCCAAGGCGAUUGGAGAUCCUAUCUCACCCUGCCAAACAUAUUAAAGGAGUUCAACCCAAAUUUAUUUGGAUACGCUCGUGGAGCAUCCAUAACUGUCGAGCCGGAUUCUCAAUUCAACGUGGCCGAAAUUGGAGCGAUAUCCAGUGACAUGCCUUUCAUGGCUAAUGUUCUGGUUCAGAGAAUGAAGGAAGAUCCAAGAGUUGAUAUUAAUAAUCAUUGGAAGCUGAUAACUCACAUGAUUGGGGCUAAUGACUUCUCUACUGAAAUCUGCUAUUACAAGAACCCGUAUGACGUACUUGAGAAGCACAGACAAGACCUCAUAAAAGUAUUGAGGACCUUCCGAGACAACUUACCAAGAACAAUAGUGAUUGUUCUUCCACCUCCUAACCUGGAAGAAAUAACCAGAUGGAAUGAUCUGUCCCCGAUUUGUGUAGUGUCGCAUUCAUUUUUUAGUCCUUGCAUAAAAGGAGUUGCUUUCAAGAAGAAGCAAAAGAUGUUCUUCGACAUCAUGAAGAAAUGGCAGCAAAUCGACAUCGAAGUUUCCGAUAUGCCAGAAUUUGAUCUGGAUGACUUUACUGUCAUCACUCCGUUGUUUUUCAGCAACUACACUGUUCCAAAAACGGACCGCGGAACAACAGACUAUGGAUAUUUUGCCCCGGACUGUUUCCAUUUCUCAGAAAAAGGACACGCCAAAGUGGCAAACGAUCUAUGGAAUUCUCUAUUGGAACCUUUUGGUAACAAGAGCACAGAUGGAACGGAAUUCUUAUCGAAAUUUAACUGUCCAACUGAAGAACAUCCCUACAUCUUCACCAGAAGAAAUAGCAUCAAGAUUACUAAAACAGAUCCAUAAACAUUAUCACUUCGAAAUGGAAUAGAUACCCUAUUUUAAUUGUAUGUGUUGGAAUCGGCUUGAUGAAAAUCCAUAACGUACAAAAAAAAGCUUAAUUGUGAGAUUUUCACCAAACGCAACACUUGUUUCGCUAUACGAUAGCUUCUUCUGGCGUGUCUGAGAUAGUUUUACAAAAACUAAUCACGUGUUUUGAUAUUAAAUAGCUUUUGAUAUUGAAUAACUCCAUGUAUACAUAGCUCAUAGCUCUAUGUAUACAAUAGCUUCUUUGGGCGUGUCUAGACUAUAUGUAUACAGAGCUCAUAGGUCCAUGUACAUGAUAGUAUUUUCGGACGUAUACUCUAUGUAUAUAUAUAGCUCAUAGUUCCAUGUAUACAAUAGCUCCUUCGGGCUUGUCUAUACUCCGCGUGUAUUCAUGACUCUAUGUAUACAAAAGCUCCUUUGGGCGUCUUUAUACUCUAUGUAUAGAAUAGUUCCUUUGGGCGUGCCUAUACUCCAUUCAUACUUAGCUCAUAGCUCCAUGUAUACAGAAGCUUCUUUGGGCGUUUGUAUACUCCAUGUGUAUAUAGCUCAUAGCUCCAUGUAUAUGAUAGUUUCUUCGGACGUAAAUAUACUCUAUGUUUAUAUAGCUCCUAGCUCCAUUUAAACAAUAGCUCCUUCGGGCGUGUCUGUACUCCAUGUGUAUAUAACUCAUAGCUCUAUGUAUACAAUAGCUCCUUCAGGCGUAUUCAUACUCCGUGUCUCCAUGUAUACAAAGACAUAGCUCUAUGUAUAAAAUAGCUUCUUUGGACGUUCCUAUAUUCCAUGCAUAUAUAGCUCAUAGCUCCAUGUACACAAUAGCUUCCUUUGGGCGUGUGUAUACUCCAUGUAUUCAUAGAUCAUAGCUCCAUGUAUACAAUAGCUUUUCUGGGCGUAGCUAUACUCUACGUUCAUGUAGCUUAUAGCCCCAUGUAUGCAAUAGCUCUUUCGGGUGUGUCUAUACUUCACGUGUAUAUAGCUCAUAGUUCGAUGUAUACAAUAGCUUCUACAAGCGUGUCUAUAUUCCAGGUAUACAUAGCUCAUAGCUCAUUGUAUACAGUAGCUUCUUUGGGCGUGUCUACACUUAGUACAUAAACGCCCGAAGAAGCUAUUGUAUAGCGAAACACGUAUUGCGUUACGUGUUGAGUGAAAAUCUCAUAAUGAAGUGUCUUUUGAGCAACUUGACUGUUUUCAUCAAGUUGGUUUUCAAAGGAGUGGAGUGAUGAGAAAAUGAUUUAGGAUACUAAUUACACUGAGGUGAUGAUUUACUUAGAUUUAGAUCAACCAGAGAAACAUAUGUGAUUUAUUUAUUAAAAUAAUUUAUUCAUGUCGACUGUUGACGAAGGUUGGAUGGUUUUAUAAUAUGAAAGAAGAAAAACGAAAUUAAAUGUAUUUUUCCAUUAA